UCAGUCUCAGUUUACAGCUUCGCAGCCAGCACGGUCAAGCCAGGUGUUAAUACUAAACUACGACAUCAUCAUUAUCAUCAUCAUCAUCAUCAUCAGCAGCACCUCAAUAUGUCCAUACCAAGGGCGUUUAUAGCGCUGCUGCUCUUCUGUUAUCGGCUGCAGACAUGUCUGGCCAAUUGCGAUGGGCGCUGUGUGCGCAGUCCUUCGUCCGGGCAGCUAUUUCGCUUCAUACCCGUUCGCCUGUACACGCCGGAGCAGCUGGAGGAUAAUGCGGAGCUGCUGGUGCGCCAGCCACGUCAGCAGCAAAUCGUCCAGGAGGUGAUUGUGGAGAACAAUUUCGGGGGUCUAGGCCCAGGCGGUUUUGGGGGUUCGCCCUUUGGUGGUCCGCCGCCUUUCGGUGGCCCGCCAUUUGGGCCCGGAUCUGGCUUUGGUCGUGGCGGCUUUGGACACGGAGGUACACGCGGUGGCUUUAGCAGCAGCUUUGGCGGUGGCUUUGGUGGUGGCUUUAGUGGCGGCUUCGGACGCAGCUACGAGCUGGCGGAGGAGCCAGAGCAACCAGCCAUACCAGCCAAGUGCAAUGCGCCCAGUGCUCAGGCGCCCAGCGUUCAGGCGCCGCCCUGUGCCAAAAACUAUGUGUUCUCCUGCGACGCGGUACUGAAGCCAGUUCCCUGUGCAGCACCAGAUGGCAAUUGUGGCUAUUGAGAGACCAAAGGACUGUUAUUGAUAUCUAUAAAUAAAACUGAAUGUUAAGAA